AUGACAGCUGCCCGCGCGGCUGCGGGACCCGCGUGUACGUGCGGCGCGGGGGCACGGGCCAUGAAACCCAUCUCCGAACCACUCUUUUACAAGAAAGAAGGAAAACGGCCGGAGGUCCGAGACUCCGAGUGGUGCUCGGUUUAGUAACCAAGAAGCCAAGCAAGAAGAAGAAGAAGAAGAAGAAUGGCGAAGGGCUCUUCGGUGCAGGUCCUCUACGAGCUCUGCAAGAAAACCUUCUCGCCUUCAUCAGGCGCUUCUCCUUCCCCGCAGGCCAUUCGGAAGCUCUCCGCUCUUCUCGAUACUAUUAGUCCGGCAGAAGUUGGUCUUAAAGAUGAUAACCUGGAGGAUGAUAGGGGACAUGGUUUUUUUGGGUUAAAUUCGUUCAAGAAUUCAGCCAGGACUGCUCAAUGGGCUCAACCGAUAACAUACUUGCAUAUAUAUGAAUGUGAUAGUUUUUCGAUUGGCAUAUUUUGCUUGCCUACUUCAUCUGUUAUUCCACUACAUGACCACCCUGGGAUGACCGUUUUGAGUAAGAUGCUUUAUGGCUCUAUGCAUGUGAAAGCAUAUGACUGGAUAGAACCUGCCUGUAUGAUGAGAAGUCAAGAGCCUGACUCCUUUCCUGUGAGAUUAGCAAAGUUACACAAGGACACUGUCCUGACAGCACCAUGUCCAACCACUGUUUUGUACCCAAAAAGUGGAGGCAACUUGCACUGUUUCACUGCUGUUACUUCUUGUGCUGUGCUUGAUGUCCUUGCUCCACCAUACUCUGAAGAAGCUGGCAGGCUUUGCACCUAUUAUCAUGACUACCCGUACUCCAGUUUCACAACUGAAAACAAACUGGGUGUGAAUGAGAGUAAUGAGGAUUAUGCAUGGCUUGAGGCUAUAGAUGCCCCUGAUGAUCUCUACAUGCGCUCAGGUCAAUAUGCUGGUCCAGCUGUGCAGGAAGAGUUCUGCUUUCCAGGAUCAUGUAAUGUAGUCUAGCAAAGUGCCUUCUGUAUGUACAUCAAGAUAUUUGGGAAGUGACUCGUCUUGACUGGGGCUAAAUCUGGCUGAAUCCGUUCGUCACCGAUCCAUCAAAAGCCCUAAUAGGGAAGACAAUAUUCAAAUACAAUCGAUAGGAUUGCACCUAUCAAACAUAUAUUUUAUCUUUGAGGGCCUUGCACUGAACUGGGGUUUCUAUGCAUAUGGGACAUGGGACCCUAAUUGUUUUUCCUUGCUGCACUUCAAACAUGAAGUUGUUUCGCAAAUUGGACUGGUGAAUUAGAUUACUAGUGCUGAUACUGUAGUUGAGUGCUGCGGUAUAUUUUCUUUAAGAAAACUAGUACUGUGGUUUUAUUGUUAAAACAUGUUCAGAAAUUUCAGUGACCGCUUUUGAGUUCCCA